UUUCGCCGAUCCAAAACCUUUAAACAUGUUUGCAAUAUGCGAAAUAUCGAUUAUUGCCAUUAGUUAUCGGUGAAUUCUGUGCGCUAUUGAAGCGUAAAUCGAUACACGUAUAGCUACCUACCAUCGUAGUUUCAACACAGAUCUCGGUUUCAUUCGAACUUUAUGGUAUUUGUGUUAAAACAGGAUGAAUCGAUGCUAUUUAUAAGUCAUAUACAAUUUGUUGCAGCUUUAAACAGUAUUAUCGUAUCAAAAUACAGACAGAAGAUGUCCGGUCUUGCCGACCACGUGACGUGUUCGGUGUGCAUGGACUUGUAUUCGGACCCCCUCGCUCUGCCGUGUAUGCACAGUUUCUGUCGCCAUUGCAUCGAGAGGUUGCAUGCUUCGUGUUUGACCUUGAAAUGUCCAGAUUGCCGACAGGAUGUCGAACUUGGUCGAAAUGGGAUUCGUGACCUUCCGAAAAACUUCCAAUUGUCGGGUAUCGUGGAAAGCUUUAAGAAAGAAAAUAGUUCCAAGACACGUGGUCGUUCGGAUGGAAAUGGCAGUCAGCCAUUAUGUCCGCAACAUUCGAUGACGUGUGAAAUCCUGUGUGAAACGUGUUCAAGACAUGCGUGUCCCAAGUGUUUGACAACCGCAAACCAUUCUAAGCAUCGGUUAAAAAUCCUUACAAAGCGUGGAUGGUCUACGGAGAGAGGUGAUGGUUCUGAACCUUUCUGCGUAGAACAUGACAGGCAGUUUCGGCUGCACUGUCAGACGUGUACAGAGCUUACAUGCUCGGAGUGCCUUCUGAAUAAUCAUGGCGGACAUAGUCUUGCUACACUCACAGACGCGUUUGACAAUUUGUCGGAACACCACAAUAAGGCCAUAUCGAGGCUGGAUGCCAGGAUCAUGUUGCUACGGGCAACGCAGAAGACGUGCAGGCACCUGGCACAGAAAACACAGACGGACGCCCAACGUAUAAAGCAGGAACUUACGUCGUAUUUCAACAGACUGCGUGACGUCAUCGAAAAACGUGAAUCUCAGAUGCGUGGCGAGAUUGACAGACGAGAACAGGAUGUGGUGCAGAAGUACAUGGGCAAAGCAGACGAAAUGUCGCGAAAGGAGAAACUAAUCGUCGACAUUAUGAACAGAGCCCAGACACUCGUGACGGAAAAUAAUCUGAAUUUCGUCAAAAAAUACAGCGAACAAUCACAAAGCAUUGCUCAAGUGUUGGCCGACGAACAUUUGGACGGUACACCUCGGGUCAAGGGUCUUGAUGAAGUCACACUAGUCACGUGUUCGUUAGAAAAGGAAUUGUCAUCUAUAGCAUGGCGGUGGACAAAAGACGAGGUACGGCCCGCAAGGAAAGCGCCACCUGUACCAAACGGAAACACCACGUCGCCGUCCGAGAAAACCUCACCAUCAAACGAGAAGACUACGUCAUCAACUACGCCAUCACCAAAGUCACGCCCACCACGCCCAUCCCCGACGCCUCGGGUCCCUCGAGAAAUCUUCCCAAACAUUCAGCAAAAUAUUCAUGUAACAAGAGGCAAAGACUGGCGCGACGGCGUUACAGACGGAGGUCCGGGUCACGUGGGUGUUGUGACGUCAGUGCAACGUGAAGUAGACCGCGUGACAUGUUCGGUACGCUGGCCAAACGGGAAAACCGGGACAUACAUCUACGGCCCACCGACAACACAAGAGAUUAAACUUGUAUGACGUGUAUUGGACCUGUUGGUCCAUGUCAUCAUCAGUGUCAUCAUCUGAAGUUUGGUGAAAAAAGAGGGACGAUGACACAGAGAUCCUCCGCCAGUCUGGGCUGUUGUUGAGGACUGUGAGUAGCUCAUCCAUGGUCCACUCUUUCACAUUGCCCAUCCAGCUUUUCAUCUGACGACCAAGACGGCAACCUCCUUUUCGCGUGCCCUGGAGCCCAGUCUUGAACAGUGAGUCUUGCCGGAUGACAUUUCCAACCCAAGCCAGCUGUCGUCAGGCGGGGUUCUUGUUUAGUGUGAAGUCUCGACUGCGACCUCCCUUUAGCGUGCCGUGGAGCAUAACCUUGCAAAGAGAAUCGUGCCUGAUGACGUGUCCAACCCGAGCCAGCUUUCGUCUGGCGGGCCUCUUGAUAAGUGUGAAGUGUACAGGCCAUGUCAAUAUAUGUAGAACACUCACUAAUCUUCCAGUGUGAUUGAAGCGACUUGAAUCUCUUGCACUUCUUUCCAAAUUUCCGUUCACAUAAAAAAUAUGGGACCUAUGACUACAAGUAUUUAGCAAGUAUAUUAUAGAAUAUCAAACCUGUGUAACCUGCUUUUUUGCAUGUAUGAAAAUGACUACCAUCCGAAUUCCACUGUGAUAUGUACAGGAUGAAUCAAUAAAACACUGGCUACUGUC